AUGGUUGGAGCAACAAUCAAUGAUCAAGGUCCUAUUACCUUUAACAAGUUCUUGAGAUAUGGUGCCGGUGGUGCUGCCGGUUGCUGCUUCACACAUCUGGUGGUAGUGCCAAUGGAUGUUGUCAAGACUCGUCUUCAGACUGAUCCAAUCAAGUACAACUCUGGCAUGGGUGCUGCUGCCCGAACCAUCAUCAAAGAAGAAGGUUCACUAAUGCUUCUACAAGGUAUUGGUGCAACAACAUUCGGCUAUGCUAUACAGGGAUUCUGCAAGUUUGGAUUCUACGAGGUGUUCAAGAAGAAGUUUGGUGCACUGUUCUCUGAGGAGACUCAAAGGACCUAUCGUAUUCCAAUAUGGCUGGCGGCAUCAUCUGUUGCCGAGACCAUUGGAGACAUUGCCCUGUGUCCCUUUGAAGCUGUAAGAAUUCGUCAAGUGUCCGAUCCAAAGUUUGCCUCUGCAAUGCUACCAGCAUUCAACAAGAUAUAUCAAAGCGAGGGAAUCAAAGGACUUUACAAGGGCCUGUCCCCAAUCAUUCUGAAGCAGGUACCUUAUACAUGCGCACAGUUUGUCACAUAUGAACUCGCCAAUGAGUACUUCUACAAGAACUUGAAGUUGACAAAGGGACUGACAAAGAAUGAUUUGAGUGAUGGCCAGCAGUUUGGUGUGAUUUUGGGUACUGGUGCAGUAUCUGGUAUCGUGGCAUCGAUCGCUUCACAUCCUGCCGACACAAUCCUCUCAAAGAUCAAUCAAGAAAAGACUGACGAAGGUGUUGGACGUGCCAUUGGCAACAUUGUACGACGACUUGGUGUUCGUGGACUGUUCCUCGGCUUGCAAGCAAGAUGUGUAAUGGUGACCACACUUGUUACCAUUCAAUUCUGUAUCUACGAUGGCAUCAAGCUGUUGACAAAGUAA